AUGCCAGCGGUAGCCAUAACACUCAGUUCUUACAAAGAAACGGACCAAAAUUUGCUUGACGGUGUCUUGGAAGACAUUCUACCGCUCCUCGUGAAAGAAGGUUCUUCCUUGGACAUAAUAAUAGUUGAAAAGAUUCACUCUGUUGAUUACCUUGACUACGUCUUAGGGAAGCUUUACAGCGGCACGCGUGAGACUCUGCUGGCAGAAGAUCUCUAUGAUACACCUAUUAAUGUGUUAUUCAACCAAGAUCUAUCGUCAUACGUUGACAAAAAAUGGGAUCUGCUGAUUACGGAUAAAAAUGAGGUUGUUCAACUUCCACAUAAGGAACUGAGGAAAGUACGUCUUCUCAAAGAAGUUAAUGAGCACGAACGCCAAGAUUCUAGUAAAGACGAUCCACUCUACAUGGUGAGUGCACUUGGCGGAACUUUUGACCAUCUGCACGAUGGCCACAAAAUUCUUUUGAGCGCUGCCGCUUUCUUAACAGUAUCUAGGCUGAUAAUUGGUGUGACAGACCAAGAGCUAUUGCAAAAAAAGCAGUUCCGUGAGCAGCUUGAACCAUACGAAACCAGAUCAGGCAACGUUAGAUCUUUUUUGUCAAGAAUCAAGCCAUCACUGAAAGUCGAAAUAGUUGCAUUGAGAGAUGUGUGCGGCCCCACGGGCGCUGUUCCUGAAAUAGAAAGUUUGAUUGUCAGCAGAGAAACCGUUUCUGGGGGGCAGAUUGUCAACAACGCUAGAAGGAGUAAAGGGCUGAAAGAACUCAAAGUACAUGUUGUUAACGUCCUUGGCGGUAAGGAAGAAGACGGAUGGAAAGAAAAAAUUAGCAGCACUGAACUUAGAAGAAGGUGCUCCUUAAAAUAA